CUAUAAUUUCUCUUAUGAUUUCUUUGAAAAUUAGCUAACCACCAUUCCUUGCUUCCCUUUCUCUCUCUCGAUUCCUCCAUAAAACCUCCAUUUUAAUUUUUUUUAUUCUCCUAGCAUUUUUUUCAUUAUAAUAUACUUAAAAUUUUUGCAGAGAUGAGUGAACAAACAAGUGAAAAUGAAGAGAUGGUGAUCCAAUCACCAAGAAGACCAGCCAAAUUGAACGAGCGAAUCCUUUCAUCCUUGUCCAGGAGAUCUGUGGCUGCCCAUCCAUGGCAUGAUCUUGAAGUUGGAUCUGAUGCACCAAACAUUGUUAAUAGUGUGAUUGAGAUCUCAAAAGGAAGCAAAGUUAAAUAUGAACUUGACAAAAAGACAGGAUUGAUAAAGGUUGACCGUAUCCUAUAUUCAUCAGUGGUAUAUCCACACAACUAUGGUUUUAUCCCUCGCACUCUGUGUGAUGACAAUGAUCCCCUUGAUGUCAUGGUCCUCAUGCAGGAACCAGUUGUUCCUGGUUGUUUUCUGAGAAUAAAAGCCAUUGGAUUAAUGCCCAUGAUUGAUCAGGGUGAAGCAGAUGAUAAAAUCAUUGCAGUUUGUGCAGAUGAUCCUGAGUACAAGUACUACUCUGACAUUCAUCAGCUUCCUCCUCACAGACUUACUGAAAUCCGUCGCUUUUUUGAAGAUUACAAGAAGAAUGAGAACAAAGAAGUUGCAGUGAAUGAAUUCCUACCUAAAGAGGCUGCCUUUGAGGCUAUCCAACACUCAAUGGAUCUAUAUGCUGAAUAUAUCAUGCACACUCUAAAAAGAUGAGGAACAUGAAUUUGUGCGAGAUAAUGGGCUGAUGAUUAUGACUAUGACUAUAACUAUUCUAAAUCCACGAUGAUUAUACAUGCACCUAUCUAUCCUGAGCAUUAUUAGGAAAUUAUGAAUUGUUUAGCUAUUUAGAAGUUUAUUAAUACCUUAAGAGGAUGAAAUUGAUAAAUUAUAAUUUCUCCCAUAAACUAUCUUUAAACAUUACUGUAAGAUUCACAACAAACUACUCCGCCUGCUGCUACUUCCAUAGAUGAGAAGUCAGAGACAAAAGUUUUUAAGUGUUAUAUGUAUUCUUCUUUCUCUUUUACUUUUUUCUUUCUUACUUUUUGUGGACUUUAAAUUUUUGCUUUUUAUUUGUG